CAUUGAGCUCUACCCCUUCUCUCACUCUUCCCCUCUGUCUAUCAAAGUUUCUUCCUAUAGGAGCCUCUCUAUUUGGUUGCUUUAUCAGAAAUUUUAACUGAUAAACCAUACCAACAUUGCCAUUUUUUCUCUAAUUAAACCACAUUUCUGUGGGGAGGCCAGCGAAGAGCUAAAGGUUUCUCCUUUUUUCUGUUAUAGGAACUUGAAAAAGAGGAAAAACAAUCCCAUAUUUUAGCAAUUUAUAUAGCAUUUGUUACUGAACGGAGCUGUCUCUGCAUUUGGGUUCAUUUUUCUUGAAAUCUCUUUUGUGUUAAUUGUCCAUAUGGAGAGUUUUGUGAGACUCAUUUCCAUGGUUCCUCUGUUUUUGCUUCUUGGGCUUCCUUUUGCUUUAGCUGGCCAUGACUAUGGUCAAGCUCUGAGCAAAAGCAUUCUCUUUUUUGAAGCUCAGAGAUCUGGUGAGCUUCCCCACAACCAAAGAGUCACAUGGAGAGCUAAUUCUGGUCUGCAAGAUGGCAAAGCUAGUGGAGUGGAUCUAGUUGGAGGGUACUAUGAUGCAGGGGACAAUGUUAAGUUUGGUUUGCCAAUGGCAUUUACAAUAACAAUGAUGUCAUGGAGCAUAAUUGAGUAUGGGAAGCAAAUGGCUUCAAGUGGAGAGCUAAGCCAUGCUAUAGAUGCUGUGAAGUGGGGUACUGACUAUCUCAUUAAAGCACACCCAGAACCUUAUGUUCUCUAUGGAGAGGUGGGAGAUGGAAACAGUGAUCACUACUGUUGGCAAAGGCCAGAGGACAUGACCACCGACCGCCAUGCCUACAAGAUUGACCCAAGCAAUCCCGGGUCGGAUCUUGCCGGUGAAACCGCUGCCGCCAUGGCCGCCGCCUCCCUCGUCUUCCGCCACUCCAACCCUGCCUAUGCCAAUGAGCUCCUAAGCCAUGCCCACCAGCUAUUUGAUUUUGCCGACAAAUACAGAGGCAAAUAUGAUAGCAGUAUCUCUGUGGCCCAAAAGUACUACCAAUCCAUCAGUGGUUACAAUGAUGAGUUGCUAUGGGCUGCUGCAUGGUUGUACCAAGCAACUGACAACCAGUACUACUUGAACUACCUUGGCAAAAAUGGUGAUAAUCUUGGUGGAACUGGAUGGAGCAUGAGUGAGUUCAGUUGGGAUGUGAAGUAUGCUGGGGUUCAGACACUUGUGGCCAAAUUCCUAAUGCAAGGAAAAGCUGGUGGCUAUGCAUCAGUUUUUGAAAAGUACCAGGAGAAGGCAGAAUCCUUCAUGUGCAAUUCCCUUGGAAAGGGCAGUAAGAAUGUUCAAAAGACUCCCGGUGGCCUUAUCUUCCGCCAAAGGUGGAACAACAUGCAAUUUGUGACUAGUGCAUCUUUUCUGACUGCUGUCUACUCUGAUUAUCUUUCUUCUGCUGGAAAAAAUAUGAAUUGUGCUUCUGGCAAUGUUUCACCAACUGAGCUUAUCUCCUUCUCCAAACAACAGGUGGACUACCUUCUUGGGGACAAUCCAAGAGCCACAAGUUACAUGGUGGGAUAUGGGAACAACUACCCACAACAAGUUCACCACAGGGCUUCCUCAAUUGUUUCCAUCAAGGUUAACCCUUCAUUUGUCACUUGCCGAGGAGGUUAUGCCACUUGGUUCAGCAAAAAAGCAAGCGAUCCCAAUCUCCUUGUUGGUGCAGUCGUUGGUGGACCUGAUGCCUAUGACAACUUUGCUGAUCAAAGAGACAAUUAUGAGCAAACUGAGCCUGCUACCUACAACAAUGCUCCUCUUUUCGGUUUAUUGGCACGACUAAGUGGUGGUCAUGGCGGGUAUAACCAACUCCUUCCAGCGGUUGCCCCAGCACCUAAGCCUAAGCCUGCUGUUACCCAACCAAAGCCAACUCCACAACCCAAAGUUACUCCAGCUCCAGCAGCAUCUUCUGGCCCAAUUGCCAUAGAACAGAAGUUGACAACUUCAUGGAUUGCAAAUGGGAAGAAUUUCUACAGAUAUUCCACUAUUGUGACAAACAAGUCUGCUAAGACACUGACAGAUCUCAAGCUUUCAAUAUCCAAGCUUUAUGGUCCUAUGUGGGGACUUACAAAGUCCGGUGAUUCCUAUGUUUUUCCAUCAUGGCUCAACUCUUUAGCUGCUGGAAAGAGUCUUGAGUUUGUCUACAUUCAUUCUUCUUCUCCAGCAGACGUAUCUGUCUCAAGCUACACUUUGGCCUAAGAAACAAACUAAGAUACACAAAGAAGGUUCACACAGUUAUGGGAAGGUUCACACAGUUUCUGGGGUUGUAAUGUAAGAAUUGUGCAGCUAUACAAAUGCAGUCCAGAAAGGUCUUUUUCUUUUUCUUUUAAAAUUUUCAUCUUUACUUGUUGAUUUGGGAUCUUAGUAGGGUUUUAGAUGAAAGUAGGAUAAAUAAGUCUGUAGCUUGGAGGGAGAAAGGAGCGAAGGGACGGUUUAAAAAGUGUGCUCAUCCUCUUUCUUCUCCACUUCAUUACUUAUAUAGAGUGAUCUGAGAGAGGGGCAGUGAAAGAGUGACGAUUGAGAAGUAAAGAAAAUGACUUCUCAAUAUAUUUCGAGUUUUUACUUUCUUUACUUCAAAGAAACUUUGGGUGUCAGUUUUUGUUGUGUGAUGUUGUAAGCUUUGCAACAUUUCUCGUUUCCUAUAUGUUGUAAGCUUUGCAACAAUUCUUGUUUCCCAUAUGAAUAUAGUUUGAGUAACAUUAUCUCCA